AUGGAGUACCCUCCGCAGUAUCAACAAACUCCGCAUCCUCAACCUUCACACGCUCCUCAUAUGCAAGGUGGUUAUCAAACAUCAUCCCAAAAUGCUGGAGCUCAAGUAGGCUCUAUCACCUCUCCGACAGGGCCUCCCUCUCAUAUGCAACAAUCACAUCAGACACAGGCAUCGCCAAUUCUGCCAUCACAAGCGCAAACACAUUAUCAAUCCCAACCGCAGUCCAAUCAGAUGCACCAGACGAUGGGUUAUCCUCAAUACGGAGUGCCUGGAGGCAUGUCACAAGGAUAUGGCAUUUCGCCCGGUCAAGCAGCUGCGAUGGCGAUGGCAGCGGCAUCAGGACAGUCGCAGUACCAAAUGCCACACGACAUGAGUCGAAUGCAGGGAGGUCCUCAAGGCCAAGUCAAGAGUGAACGGGGUCCUCGGUCACCAACACAACAAAUGCCUUCACUACCCUCAACUGUGGCAAUGCCACAAGGACCACCCAUGAACCAGCAACAAAGAAGAAUGAGUCAGCAUAUGAACAACAGCCCUCACAACCAAGUCUCUCAACCAGUCAUGAAUCACGUCCCACGGCCGUCCGUUCCACCAUCGCAGAUGCCGCCGCCUCAACAGCCUGUCCAGCAAACCCAACCCUCACCAGAACUUGUAGCUGGUGGCGCUGAGGAAUCACCUUUAUAUGUUAACGCAAAGCAGUUUCAUCGCAUUCUGAAACGACGAGUUGCACGACAAAAACUGGAAGAACAACUGCGUCUAACGUCGAAGGGUCGGAAGCCAUACCUUCACGAGUCUCGGCACAACCAUGCUAUGAGACGGCCUCGCGGCCCGGGAGGUCGGUUCUUGACCGCUGAUGAGGUUGCCGCAAUGGAGAAAGGCGGAGCUGCACCUGGAGGUGACGAGAACAACCAGACUCCGGCUGCGAAGGCGUCCGCUGCUCCAACCUCGGGACAAAAGAGGAAAGCGCCGAGUAGUGCUGACGACGAGAAUAUGCCAAUGAAGAAGAGCAAGAUCGCCAGUGAGAGUGCAGAUGAUAGUGACGACGGCGAGGGUGAUGAUGAUGAAGACGAGAGCUGA